CGGUCGCAUUUGCCGUGGCGCAGCACUCAGCGGGUGGCGCAGGUCACAGAAACGGUGGCGGACAAUAUCCGACUCAUCCUGAGAUAUCCAGAUCGGCGGAAUGUUUACCAUGAUGUCAACAGAAGGAAACGGGGAGUAAGCGCGUCAGCUGGAAUCCCCUUUUCGGUUGUUUUUUAUUCUUCUUUUCUUUACACCCGUUCAAUUUUUCUUUCAUUUUUCUUUUUGAUGUUGCGGACUAAAGAACAUCCCAAAGCAAUAUACUUUCCUCUUACUUAAGCUGAGCUUCCCCUUCACUUUCCCUCCCGUUAUUCAUCCAAAUCUCCCCGCGUAACUGAUGGACAUGUCGUGGAAAGUGGGGCUUGCGCUGGCGAUGUGCUGGAGUCUCACGAGUAGCGAAACGCACGAGGAGCGACGGGAUUCCUCUCAACGCACCGCGAUGCUCAAAGCGCCGGUGGAAACGUUGGACUUUGGCUUUGUGCCGUCGGUGGUGUACGAAACGCACGCGUAUUAUGAACCAGGUGCCAUUGGGAUUCUUUUCCACAUGGUCCACGCGUUUUUGUACAUUGUUCAACCCAACCCUUUCCCUGAAGAUCUUAUUGUUAAGGUUAUCCAGCAGAACAUGGGAGGAAUCAAACUGGAGGAUUACAAGAAGCCAGAGAACGUUGUAUUGUUGCUACAGGCUAUCUACUAUGAGCUUGGCUUCUUAGUCUUGACAGUACUGGGGGUGUUGUUUGUGUUGCUGAUGCCGAUGGUGGGUCUGUGUUUCUGUGUGUGCCGCUGCUUUGAGAAUUGUGGGGGUGAGAUGCAUCAGAGACAGAAGAAGAAUAUUGACUGCCAACGAGGCUUCUACAUGACCACACUCAUCACUAUCUCUAUAUUCCUCGGAGCGGGAGUGGUGGUCGCCUACGCAGCCAACCAGAACAUUACAUCUCAAAUCAAGAGCACGAGACGUCUCGUCAGCACCAACAUAAGAGACUUAAAAUCAUUUGCCAACUACACACCAGCACAAAUCGACUACCUUGCUGCACAGUACACAACAGCCAAGAACAAAGUUCUAUCAGACUUAGACAAUAUCGGGCCUCUUCUGGGAGGACGGGUUCAUAACCAGUUGGAGAGGGAGGUGAUACCGGCUUUAGACAAUGCUCUUCGCAUGACAGGAGUUAAAGUGGAAGGUGCUAUUAAAGCUAUGCGAGAGACUAAAGAGGCACUGGAGAGUGUGACCACAUCACUGGAGACCCUGCAGGACGAGACAGGCAAACUCCAGGUCUCUCUCCAGUCUGAACGUGCCUCUCUAUCAAACACACUCAACGACCCGGCCUGCUCUAAUGGAGAUGUAACGCACACCUGCAACUCCAUCCGCGGAACCCUUGGCCAGCUCGCUCUCAGUGCAAACUUUAAUGGGUUGCCUGAUGUCGGGGCCCAGCUGGCCAAUCUGGACGCUGUUCUUAAAACAGACCUCAGCAAUAUUGUACAGAAGGGCUACUCUUCGUUCAACGACACACCAAGGUUGGUCAGCAAACAGACAAGAGAAAUUGUGUCUGAAGUUAAAGGGUUGCUGGAUAAGUCAGGUGGAGAGAUAAUUGGUUUCACAAAGAUGUUCCCUUUGGAACCAGCACUUGAGAACUUCACAAAGUUCCUGACAGAAAGCCAAAAGAACAUUGAAGCAUUCUACCCCCAGAUUGACCAGUUGGACUUCUACAGAUGGUUAGGGUGUGUGGUGAUUUGCUGUACAGUCGUGCUGAUUUUGGCCUUUAAUUUCCUGGGGCUAUUGUGUGGAUCAUGCGGCUAUGAUAAAAAUGCCACACCCACCACUCGUGGCUGUCUUUCUAACACUGGAGGAAACCUGCUGAUGGCAUCUGUUGGAUUUGGCUUCAUCUUCUCCUGGGUGCUCAUGGGUGUUGUAGUCACCACAUUUGUUGUCGGAGGAAAUGUUGAGAAGCUUUUGUGCGAGCCGCUGGCUAACAGACAGCUGUUUAAGAUCAUUGACACACCAUAUAUGGUCCAUCCUUCCAAAAAGAACUUCCUUGCUGGCAUGCUAUUUCAAGAUCCAAACAUCGACCUUACCAUUGGCAGUAUGUACCGAGACUGUUAUGAGAAUAAUGGCUUAUAUUCAGCACUACAACUGGAGACCAAGUUCAACUUCAACAGGUUUCUCAAUGUCACAGUGUAUAACCAUGAAUUGGCCAAGAUAUUUAAUAGUGUGAGUGUGGAUCUCCGUGGAAUAGUUCUUCUGGAACAGGAAGGCAAAGAUAACCUCAUCGACUUCGCCAACACAGGCAUUGGGGAAAUUGACUAUCAGGCUUAUUUAUCAGAGGUGAAUAAAGGAGUGACAGUCGUGGAUCUUCUGUCCUUUGCUAAUGAACUUGAGGCUCAAGCGGACCAGCUGCCACGUGGUGCUCUUGAGAAUGCGCUCAAGGGUCAUGCCAGCAGUAUCAGGCAAAUCCACAAAGAACAAGUGGUGCCUAUGGAGCAGGCUAUGAAAUUUGUAAAAGCAAGGAGCACUCUAAGUCAGAGCAUCAGACUGCUUCAGAAAUCAUCCAAAGAACUUCCUAUUAAAGUGACAAACGUCUUGAGUGCCAUUGAGGCGGGAGAGUAUCUCAUCUCCAACAAUGCUUCACAUGUGGUCAAGCAGGAGGCUAAUAAAUUCAUUAAGAGCAUUGGGGGAUAUUUUACACAAUACACAGAGUGGGUCAAGCACUCGCUUAAUAUGGAGGUUGCCCAGUGCAAACCCAUCAGCAACAUUGUGGACUCGCUGGAGAUCGUUGCCUGCAGCUUCAUAGUUGACUCAGUGAACACAUUCUGGUUUGGUCUGGGAGGAUGCUGUCUGUUCCUCAUCCCCGGCAUCAUCCUGUCAGUAAAACUCGCCAAAUUCUACCGUAGGAUGGACACAGAGGACGUCUAUGAUGAUAGUGUGGACAUUGUUGUCAGUGGUUAUCACAGUGAGCAUUUAUAUGGCUUAAACAACCCCAUGAUGAGCAGCUAUCCAUCUUAUGACACUAUGAGGUGGUAUCCCCGGGCCUCUGCCCCCCCAAGACAACCUGACUGGUGACACAAAUUCACACACACUUUCACACAGGGUAUGCAAGCCUAGACGCAUCCUAGAGUGGUGCAGAGAACUGGAGCUAAAGGGGAAAGCCUGGAGAACAUCUGGGAUAUUUCGGAUUCUGAAGUGAACGAAAAAUUAAGAAAGAAAAAAACUGAAUAUAAUCAUAGAACAUACUCAGACCUUAAAGGGAUAGUUCACCCAAAAAUGAAAUUUCUCUCAUCAUUUACUCACCCUCAUGUCAUCACAUGUAUAUGACUUUCUUUCUUCUGCAGAACACGAAUGAAUAUAUUUAGAAGAAUAUCUCAGCUCUGUAGGUCCUUACAAUGCAAGUGAAUUGGUGCCAAAAUUUUGAAGCCCCAGAAAUCACAUGGAGAAUGGUGGGGCCAUGCUGUGACUAUGCACGCCCGGCCCCCAAUUGGGCUAAUCAGCUGAGGAGAGGGAUAAAUGAAGCCGGAUGCAGCAGUUCGAGAGAGAGAGAGAGAGAGAGAGAGAGAGAGGCACACGCAGCUGCCGCAGUUUUCAUUAAACACUAUUUUGAUGGUUCGUCCUGUUCCCGCCUCCUCCUUUCCCAUUUUAAACCCUGUUACAGCAGCUUGAAAGUAAUCCAUAUGACUCCAGUGUUUAAAUCCACACCUUCAGAAGUGAUAUGAUGAUAUGGGUGAGAAACAGAGCAAUUUCACAUUCUUCAUGCAUAUUGCCCCCUACUGGGCAGGGAGAAAACUGGAGUCGUAUGGAUUACUUUUAUACUGCGUUUAUAUGCUUCUUGGAGCUUGAAAAUGUUGGCACCCAUUCACUUACAUUGUAUGGACCUACAGAGCUGAGAUAUUCUUCUAAAAAUCAUAAUUUUUGUUCAGCAGACGAAAGAAAGUCAAACAGAUCUGAGAUGACAUGAGAGUGAGUGAAUGAUGAGAGAAAUUUUAUUUUUGGGUGCACUGUCCCUUUAAAUAUAGAAUUGCAGGGAAAUGCUACAUACAGUUAAUCAUACACGGUAAACAGCAAUAUGUUUUUUCAACACUUUUAAAAUGCUUUUGAAAGCUUUAUACAUAUUUUGUUAAUACCCGUUUUAUAAAAUAUGUUCUUUAGCGAUCAUUGUUGGUGUUAGGAUGAACUUUGUAGAUUUUAAGGAGAUAUGAAAGGUGGACGAAAGGUCCGAGAUGUCAGUCUGCGCACUGUGAUAUUGUCUUGAUGGUUCUUGUUUGUAGAAUCAAACCAAGAAAAUCCAAAAUCCCAAAUAUGUUCACUUAGAUCAAGCAGUGGUCAAAGCAGAUUCUCAAGUAUUUACAGUAGAAAAGUAGGUCUCUAACUUAAGGUGAAGUAUCUCUUCAGUUCUUGCGUAAAAUGUUACUUUUUUCUACAUUUCUUUGCUCAAUGAAUAAAUGAAAUUUGUAAUGAUUAGUUUCAGAAAUUUUUAAUCUCUUUCUAUAUUAAAUGCACUGGGAAAUGGCUUAGUGUCUUUGUCCACCAAUGUACUCAAGCCAAAGUCCCAAAAUACUGUUUGAUCUUAAAUGUUUGAAAUGUCAGUACCUUUGAUACAAAAAAAGGGGGGUUGAAAACUUGAGCUGGAAUCAUACAUUUUUCACCAGUACAGCCAAAUUACAGAUCCUGUUGAGCACUUUAAUAGUCCAGCUGGAAGUGUGUAAAUCCGGCAAGUCAUUUCUUAAAAUGCAUGUUUCAGUACAGAACGGUGUUCAAUUCCACACAGAGUCUCUCAAUCUGUCAAGUUUUUUCUUGCAUUCCAAAAAUCAUAUUUGUGAAUUUAAUUCAGUGCAAUGAACUUUUUGGGGGAUAUUCCAAUAUUCUGCAUUCUGAAAUCGGAUGUUGAAACUUCUCUCUUUCUUAUGGCCGACCAUGUGGCUCUGAAUGUGGUAAAGAUCUCCAGGGUCAUUAGAUCACCCAUGUCCUGAGACUCAAGACAUUUGUACUGACAGGGUCACAUUGGAUUCCACUGGAACAUGGAGGCUGUGUGAAAGUUAUAAUAAAACAUUCAGAUCAAGAAGGUUUGUUGUGUUCUUUGUAGAGGACAUAAAAGUAAGAAUUGGUCUUAAAUGUAACUAAAGGUCUUUUAUGUAAUAACUUGUGGUCCUAAAUAUAAUUAAGCCCUAUUUAUUAUAGUUUUAGGACCUAAAUGAAAUAAAGGCCACAUUUUACUU